AUGUCGGAACGUGCUCAUGCCUAUGCCAUACCAAUGCGAAAGAAAACCGAGUGUCGCAUUAAAGUGAUAGUUUAUGUGCCUAUAUUAGAAGAACGCGCUGGCGUAGCUACAUUAGAAGAGUGCGCUGGUGUAGCUACAUUAGAAGAGUGCGCUGGUGUAGCUACAUUAGAAGAGUGCACUGAUGUAGCUACAUUAGAAGAGUGCAAUGGUGUAGAUACAUUAGAAGAGUGCACUGGUGUAGAUACAUUAGAAGAGUGCACUGGUGUAGAAACUUUAGAAGAGUGCACUGAGUGCGCUGGAGAAGCUAAAUUAAAAGAGUGCAAUGGUGUCGCUACCAUAGAAGAUUGCAAUAGUGUAGCUACAUUAGAAGAGUGCAAUAGUGUAGCUACAUUAGAAGAGUGCAAUAAUGUAGCUACAUUAGAAGAGUGCAAUAGUGUAGCUACAUUAGAAGAGUACACUGGUGUAGCUACAUUAGAAGAGUGCACUGAGUGCAAUAGUGUAGCUACAUUAGAAGAGUGCAAUAGUGUAGCUACAUUAGAAGAGUGUAAUAGUGUAGCUACAUUAGAAGAGUGCGCUGGUGUAGCUACAUUAGAAGAGUGCAAUAGUGUAGCUACAUUAAAAGAGUGCACUGGUGUAGCUAUAUUAGCAGAGUGCACUGGUGUAGCUACCUUAGAAGAGUGCACUGGUAUAGCUACAGUAGAAGAGUGCAAUGGUGUAGCUACAUUAGAAGAGUGCACUGAAGAGUGCAAUGGUGUAGCUACAUUAGAAGAGUACACUGGUGUAGCUACCUUAGAAGAGUGCAAUAGUGUAGCUACAUUAGAAGAGUGCAAUAGUGUAGCUACAUUAGAAGAGUGCAAUAGUGUAGCUACAUUAGAAGAGUGCAAUAGUGUAGCUACAUUAGAAGAGUGCAAUAGUGUAGCUACAUUAGAAGAGUGCAAUAGUGUAGCUACAUUAGAAGAGUGCAAUGGUGUAGCUACAUUAGAAGAGUGCAAUGGUGUAGCUACCUUAGAAGAGUGCAAUAGUGUAGCUACAUUAGAAGAGUGCAAUAGUGUAGCUACAUUAGAAGAGUGCAAUAGUGUAGCUACAUUAUAA